CAACGAUUAUAAACAACAUAAACAAUGGCUGUCUGUUGGAGGAGUUAAAUACUAUUGCACAUUACACAGGGCAUUUAAAAACCUGGAUCUAUUUAUGUUUUUCUUGUUUUAAAGAUUCAAAAAUGGUGUUAAUGACAAUGAUUGGUCGGGCCAAGGACGGUCUGCCUUUGGCUGCUUCUAUGCAAGCAGAUGAACAAUCUGGGAGAGAGUUCCAAGAUUACCAAGCACAAGCAAAACAAAUUUUUAGAAAACUUAGUGAUCGCUCACCUGCUCGAUGCAACAUUGAAACUGGGAGUAUGAUGUUUCAUUAUAUUAUAGAAAAUGGUGUAUGCUACCUCACCCUUACAGAGAAAAUGUUUCCAAGCAGAUUAGCCUUUGGUUUUCUUGAAGAUAUAGCUAAAGAAUUUUGGAAGUUAAAUAGUUCCGAAAUCCCAACUGUUGUUCGACCGUAUUCAUUUAUUGAAUUUGAUAACUAUAUUCAAAAAACAAGAAAAAAUUUUAUGGAUUCCAGAUCUCGAAGAAAUAUAAAUAGACUUAAUGACGAGCUACAUGAUGUGCAAAGGAUCAUGGUACAAAAUAUAGACGAAGUUUUACAAAGAGGAGAAGCUUUGUCAGAGUUAGAUGACAAGGCUGGCAAACUGAAAUAUCAGUCUGGUAAAUACAAGUCUGACGCGCAGUAUUUAAAUUUACGAACUGCGUAUGCUAAAUAUGCAGCGGUUGCAAUUGUCAUAAUCAUUUUCAUAAUUUACGUUAGAUAUUGGUUGUUUUAAAAGUCUAUUUCUCUUCGUCACAAACCAGACCUAACAAUUGCCAAAAAGAUAUCGAUAAUAUUGAUUAGAUAUAUAUGUGAGUUGGAAUAGAUAAUACCAACACAUACCCUCAUGCAUGCAUGCAUAUAAUGUCAUUAUCAAUGUGACAUACUAGGUCUGAUACAGAUCUAGCACGAAUUUGUUACAAUAUUUUAAUUUGAAAUUGAGUUAUUUAGGUUAAGAACCAGUUCUUAACUUCAACUGCUGCACUUUUUGCAGUCAAAUUGUAGUUGAUUCCAAAUCCUUGAUUUCGAUUGGUCGAUUUUAGAAAACUUGACCAAAACUUCCGGAAAGUCACUGUUUCUCUUUUGGCAGCAAAUUUCUUACAAAUUUCUCAAAACGAAAAUUUCUUACAUGUGUACUUCUCUCCUAAACUUUCCAUGGAAUAGUUUCUUAAAAUGUCAGCUACUAAUUAUUUGUUUGUGCUGAUAAACAGAUUAAUUUAUUGUGAGAGUCAAAAGUCCGAGUGCUAUUUUCGACCGCUAUGCGGUAUAGAUUGAUGUUAGGCAUCUGAUCGCGCUUAUUCUGAAUUUCACUCGCAUUCACAAGGUGAUGUUAUUAACAACAGUAAUUCUAAAUCUCCUAUAAAUUAUGCUGAUUUUGGUUAUACAGCUAUACACGUAGAGAAAGAGACAGUGACAGAUUCGCUUUCAAUCAGUUUCACAAUCAAUGACAAGAUUUGGAAAAAACCGUUGUCCCAUAAAUGAGAAGGAGGUUUCGUGUGAAUGUAGGUAAACGUAUCUGGAAAUUCUUUCCGAUAGUUCGUCCACUACUGUAUAAAAGGAAAAAAACUUUUAUUCAAUGUAUAGCGGGCGGAUUAUCGUUCAUUAUUCGAUGACGUCACUUCUAACGUCACUACUAACGUCCAGUGUUUACUGAUCUAUAAAUAAACCUUCCUAACAUGAAUGAACCCAUUAUCAGAUACCUUGUCGUGGACAUCACGUCAAACCGUUAUUCACAAAAUUAUUGUAAACAAAUUUAUAGAAUUAUAUUAAAGUUAACGCAAUCUUUAA